GGGUCAGCCCAUAACUUAGCAAUAAAUACCCGAACGCAUAGGGUUUAAGCAAAACCGUCUCAAUCUCUGUGUACCAACCGAUUCCACCGAGAGCUCUCUCCAUCUCUGUGCUCAAGAUGAAGCUCGUCAGGUUUUUGAUGAAAUUAAACAACGAGACAAUAUCGAUUGAGCUCAAAAACGGUAGUAUUGUUCAUGGCACUAUCACAGGUGUCGAUGUCAGUAUGAAUACACACUUGAGGACAGUGAAAUUGACAUUGAAGGGUAAAAAUCCAGUUACUCUUGAUCAUUUAAGCGUGAGAGGAAACAACAUCCGCUACUAUAUCCUUCCUGAUAGCUUGAACUUGGAAACUCUACUUGUGGAAGAAACACCAAGGGUUAAGCCCAAGAAGGCAACUGCUGGGAAGCCUUUGGGACGUGGUCGGGGGCGAGGACGUGGCCGUGGACGUGGCCGAGGUCGCUAAUCAUGUACAUUUCAGUUUGUAUCAGAUUUCAAUACCAAUUAGUGUAUAGGUGGAGAGCACUUCAAAACAAAAAGGAAGUGAUCGCAAGUGUAGAACUGAAUGUUCUAUACUGUAUGGAUCCUUGUUAACUUUCUUGCAUAUCUGGAUGUAGCUAAUUUUAUGUGCAUGAGAAAAUCAAAGAGAAAUGCUUAGUUUACCAUCAUGGGCUGAUGAUAUUAUCAGCAGAUGCUGCUGAAAUUUGACUGUCGUGUGAAGUAGAAUUACACUACAUUUCAGUUGCUAAAUUAUGCAUUGAUACUUCAUAGAGGUAUGCUAUCUUGAGAAUUGAAUUGCUAUUUAAAGUGAAUUAUGAAGCAGGGUGAGGAAUUGCUA